CUUAUAUAUCUUUCAAAGACUAUCCAUCAAUCACUUCAUCCCUUCCCCUUCAACAAGUGCAGAAGUCCUCCUUUUUUUAUCAAGAUAUAUCCACCAUGACCUCAAUGAACACAAAUGCUUAUGAUGAAAAGUAUUCUGACCGCCCAGUUGCGAUCGGAGUUCCGGUGGGAAGGCCAAAUUACACUGACAACGGCCAGAUUCCACUUCAUCAUCAUCAUCAGCCUGGACUUCAUGAGGCUUGGUCUUCUGGUUUAUGUGAUUGCUCCUCCGAUAUUCGAAAUUGUUGCUUAACAUGUUGGUGCCCCUGCGUCACCUUUGGUCGGAUUGCUGAGAUUAUAGAUCAAGGAUCAACAUCUUGCGGUACAAGUGGAGGUAUAUAUGGACUAAUUACUUGGUUCACUGGUUGUUGUGGUUGCCUCUACUCAUUCUCCUAUCGCUCUAAAAUGAGGUCACAGUACAAUUUGGAGGAGACUCCCUGUGGAGACUGCUUGGUUCACCUCUGCUGCGAGUGUUGUGCCUUGUGUCAAGAGCACAGAGAGCUCAAGACUCGUGGAUUCGACAUGUCACUUGGAUGGCAAGGAAAUGUGGAGAGGCAGAAUCGUGGAAGAGUCGUGGCAACAGCUCCCAUGACGGAAGAAGGCAUGAAACGAUAGAGAGAAUGAUUUAUUAGUUCGUUUUUGGAAAAUAAUAUAUGCAAUAGUUAUUGUUAUUUCCUUUUUAUAUACAUAUAUAUAUAUAACAAUAUACUGAGAUUGAAUCGUAGGGUAAUAAGUAAUUGAUGUAUCAAUAAUAUAUUCUUUUUUAAAACAUAUAUAAACUAUUGUAAAAUGAGUUCCCUCACAAA